GAGUCCAUCGUUAGAUUACAAGGGGUGAAGAUCUUUCGAUAAUGUACAAUAAUUAACACUGUUGAUAUAUAAACAGCGUAUUUUGUGGUAAAUCUUAUUUAAACAGAUGAAUAAAUAUAUAAAAUAAACAUUUUUGUUAGUGUGUAAUAACGAAGUGAAUUAUUUUUCGUUUUUAAAUUAAACGACUUCACCCUAGUAGUAUUAAUUGGAUGUUCCAUAGUGUAGUUCAGCUGACAUCGUGUAGUGAGUUCCGAGUAAGAGUAGUAGAACAGCCGGUGUGGGAAUAGAUACAUCGUCAAAUUCGUGUACCAACCGGUUGGUAAAAAAAAAUAUUUUCUCAAAAUUAAUCAAGUUUAUACCAUGAACAAGUGAAUUUGUAAUAAAUUUCAGUGAAACUCGUUUAUAAAACAUAAUUCAAAGUGGCGGAAUAUACGGGAUCUCGAACUCGAAAAGAAAAUAUGCUAAAAUUUCUUACGCAUAAACUAAGAACUCAUUCUAUUAGUGAAGAUAAUUACGUUGGAAAGGUCGAUGAAGACCACGAUUCAGGUACGGAAUCCGAUGAAGAAAUUGAUGAACCAGAGCUGGGUACUUGCUCCGAUCGAGUAUGUAACGUAUCACCAACAGAUACCGGAUGUUCGAUGGAAAGUCCCGCUCCCGAUCAACACGACGCUCAUAGUUCAGAAGAAGAAUUGGAAGUUAUCAAUAGCAAUAGCAAAAUGCGGCGAUCAAUGGCGCCUCCUAGACCCUUGAGGUCGUCUUCCGUGUGUUUGGCGGAAAAAAGAAAAUGGUCACAAAUAGGAGACACGCAAAAUCGAAGGUAUACACCUGAAAAUGAAGAAAAUAUGUCUCAUUAUAGUAAUUUAUCACCAUCUCCAUGUUCGCCAUAUCAACUCAAACGUUGUAGCUGCUCCGAAGACGGCGCCCACCCUAUUGAACAUUCGGGUUCAUCUGACGAUGAGGUUCACCAAUUCUUGAACACUUGGACCACCCCUGUACAAUUUCGAACAUCCCCUCCGCUGGAAGCUGUUAAACCCGAACGAAGAUCAAUCGUUCUAAGUAAGGGUCGUUCGACGAGCCCACCCGCUAAGCUACUACACUACGAAGAUUCCCCAAGAAAAAGAACCAAACAUAUGAAACAUGCACAUAUCCAAAGGCCCUACCUCGAUUUCGAAAAAAUGCAACAGAUGAAGACGAGGUCUGUGACAGCAUGGCGUCAUACAACCGAUCAUACCGGCGAAUUAUCAGUGUUUUGUUGGUGAGAUCAACUUCAAGGGCGAUCUAAAUCGCCCUGUGAUUCAGCCGAAUACUCUUUAGAGGUCGACAAUGUUCCAUCUUGUUCACGACCCGAUACAACUUCAUAGUUUAUUGGAUAAAUUUAACCGUACUAAAACUACUAACAGACCCACGGGUUUUUCUAUAGGGUAACUUAUCGAAAGUUUACGUGUCGAAUAGGGUGGAAUAGAUAUACAGUGAGACGUCGAAACAGUUUUAGUAUUAAGAAUUAACGUUCAAAUAAAAAAUUUUUUUAAGGAGAGGAAGGCGGAAAAACAUCAGAAAAGUAGGUUGAACGGGUACAAAUAUCUAGAUCUCUUAUAAAACGAAUUUGAUUUAACAUUUUUUGAAAAAAUAAAAAAAAGAUAAAUCAUUAAUUGUGAAAAUAAAUUUGAAGGAUGUCAAGUAUAAUGAUAAAAAUCAUAUUUCGGCCAAUAAUUUUCCAUUCUUUAUGUCAUUUCUGUCAUAUCACCAAUAAUUACACAGAAAAUCCCUGAAGAUGUUGACUUUUGUUAUUGAAACGUGCAUCACACUGUACUCGUGGGGAUUGGUAUAAUGAUGAAUAUCUCAAAGUUACUUUGUUAUUUAUCUCAUAUGUCGCUUAUAUAAUCGUUUGUAACAUAAUCGCCGAUUUUUGGUUUCUUGCAAGAGCCAAAAAAAUCGUUAUACAGGGGAUAACGAAUAUGCCCAAAAACUAUUAUGUUCAAUGUUACCAUGUUGGUAGGCAGACAUUUCCAAACUAGCUCUUAUGACUUUGGAGUUAUGAGCUCUAAUGGUUGCUUGGGUAUCGGAUAACAUAAAUAAUAUGUUUCUGCUUGAAAAAUACUUUUUGUUUUACCUAAUGUUUCAGAAUAUUUGAUUACAGACUUUAGUCUCAAAGUAACCCCAUAAGACACAGUCCAUUGGAUUCGUAUCCGGACUUCAUGGUGGCUAGAGGAUGUAUUUUCUUCGAGAUAUCACUUUGUUAAGAAAAUAUUGACAGAAAAUAGUAUUAGAGGUAGGAGCAGUUGCUCCAUUUUAUUAAAACCAGGUCCGAGUAUUGAAGUUUGCAAAAUUCUGCAACUCAAUAUCAACAUACUGGUUUAAAGUAACUUUCUUGGUUAUGUAAGAUUCUUUGAUGUUUGCGUUAUCGAUUUACGAUACUACAGUAGAAACAAUUUUGCCUGUUGAUGUGGAAGUAAGCCUCAUCAUUGUUAAAUGAAGUAAAAUGCAUUUACGAGUUUUUGUCUACUAGUAGAGUCAUUUUUUUUCUAUAACCUUAAUCUGGAGUGUUUAAUGCUCUGGAUAGUUUACGAAAAUACUUGGUAGUAUUUUCCGUAACGGAUUAUUUCUCUACGUCGAUGUUUUCUUAGGUUCAGUUCAGGUUUUAUUCUUUUACUACAUUCAAGUGAAACACCCCAUGGCGACUGAUUUCUUAAAGACCGUUGGGGCUUGGAAAUUUCAAAAGACUUAUGGGACAAGAAAAGUAAAAUCCAAAAAACCUUGUAAGGAGAAAGGAAUUAGGAUAAUAGGCCAUCAAUGCCUGGAUUGCUCUUGAUAUUUUUGAAAAUUUGGAAGUUCUUUAUUUGGAAACAUUUUAGAAAAUGUAAAAAAUUAUAUCAAGAGCUGCUACUGGUUUUGAGCGUUUAAUAGAGAUGGAUUUUGAUAGUACUGACGUAAAUGACUCAAAUGUGUAACUCUAACUUUGGUAGUUUGUAAGAUAGAGAAUAGGAAAUAGUACAGAAAAAAAUGUUUGAUUGGAAUAUUUUUAUGGGAUAUCCUGUAUAAAAUUGGAACGUUGUAUAGAAGAUAUUAACAUUCUUCAAAUUUUUUUCACGAAAUUUUUUCAAAGUUUAUAUAAUAUAGUUUUGUAAAAAGUUUUAGAAAAUUUUGUAAUGACUGAUAAUGUAAAUAUAAAAUUUUUAAAAAAAAUCGACUUUUUCAUAAUAACAAGAUUCAAUAAGGGUUCAUAUUAACGAUCUCAAUCGAUUAAUUAUACUAAUAAUAUAUGUAUUUAAAUAAUAUGAAUUUGUUCAUCAAAUCAGAAUUUUUUUUGAAACUUGGCAACGUCGUAAAUUUUUCCUUAAGUAAAAGGUUGAUACUUUAAUUGCCAUUUUAUAAAUUAAAGGGACAUCUAAGGGUAAAAAUGUUAACUUGAGAGUAUGAAUAAUAUUUUAUUUUUUCUUGAUGAAUUGUCUUAAUUUUAGGUUCCUUUUAAUAGAAAAUUAGUUUCAAAAAAAGUGUCAAUUUUUACCUGUUUUCUGAAACUUGUUUUCUAUCAAAAGAAACUUCAAAUUAUAACGAUUUAUCAAAAAAAAAUUAUCUAAGGAGUGAAAAAUUGAAGAAAAAUCUUAUUUUUUAACAUCUAUUAUUUCAUGAUCCUUCCAAGGUGUUUAACAAGUUCAAUAUUUUAUGAGUUUGUUCAUCUUUUGAAUUUUAAAUGUUUUUUUUCCUCAUAUAUAUUUGAAAAUUCGAAAAUUUAGUUUUUUUUUGCGUUUUACUUUUUUUAUCUUAUUUCUAGUAUUAAUUCUAUUAACUAUAUCUAAUACUUACCUAGCACUUUCAAGAACUUUCAUAAAUCAUUUUCACUAUUCACUUAUAUAGAAAAGACAGACC